AUCUGAGGGGAGAACUUGCUGCUGCAGAAGCUGAGUUUGUGGAAGCAAGGAAAGCUUUGGCUGAGGCAAGAAAAGGUUACAAAGAGAUAGAUAUGAAUGAUGUGUUAGGCUAUUCCAUGUUUUAGAUUUGGCUUCAUAGCUAUUGGGAUUAUGGAGAAUUAUCAGCAAGGAAAGGAGAUUGAGAAGUUCACAUGGGUAAUUGAAAAUUUCUCAAAGAAGAACACCAAGAAGCUACGAUCCAAGUCCUUCCAAGUUGGUGGUUGUAAAUGGCAGAUACAUGUGCAUCGAAUAGAAAAAGCAAAAGGUAUGGAGUAUUUAUCAUUGUAUUUGAAGGUUGGAGGUUCUGUACCAUCAUUUGGAUGGAGCAAAUAUGCAUAUUUCAGUUUAGCUCUAAUUAAUCAUAUGGAUCCCCAAAAGUCAGUUGUAAGAGAGACACAACAGAAGUUCAAUGCUGGAUACCGUAGCUGGGGUUCAAGCUUUGUGGCUCUGAAUGACUUCUAUGAUCCUAAACAAGGAUAUCUCCUCAACAAUGUUUGCAUCAUUGAAGUCCGAAUCUCUGUCUCCGAUGUUGCAUUUGACACCAACAUUUUUAACAUUAAUAAUAACAAUAAUGUCUCAUCAUCUACUCAUCACUCUAAUAAUCAAACUUCAAAUGAGACACUGAGCCGUUCAACUUCAACCACAACCCAAGAAGAUGAUGUUAAUGGAAUAACAACAUUACAACCUAAUUCAGAUGAUGUAGUACACUAUGUGCCUACAGCACCACCUCUAUUAUAUCCUACUAUUAUAUGUGAUGAUGAACCUUUAGUAGUGCCCUUAAACACUACUCUUAGUGAGAUUCUAGAUGUGAAAAGCUUAGGAGAAGAAGAAAAAGCUUAUGUUCCCUUGUUGGAAGAGGUAUGUUCAUGGCACCCUUCGCUGAUCCAAAGCCAAAUGAGAAAGAGUCCGAAAUUCAUUCAAUGGGCAUUCAUAGCAUUAGGUCAAGUUCUACAUUUCCUCAAGACAACAAAGGCAAAGGACAUGGAUGAGAAUGCAUUCAACAAACUCCAAUGUCUUUGGGAGGAGCUUCAGUUGUUCGGAUUCGAGCUGAGUUGGUUGGAGCCGCAUGUUGAAUCUGCAUUGGACAUGAAAGGCUACUUGGAAAGAGCGAAGACCCUAAAGGAGAAUGUGAUUGGUUUGGAGAUUGAGAUGAAGAUGCUCAGAGCCAAAAUGGCUGUGGCAGAAAUCGAUCUUGAGUUGGCAAAGAGAGACUUGGAAAUGGCAGAGGUACAAAUGGGAUUUGAAGAAAAGGACAUGGAUAAGGAACUGGGAUAUGGUUAUGGUUAUGGUUAUGUCAUAUCUUAAUUACUUCCAUAUUGCACCCACCAUACACAAUAAUUUCGUUCUGCUUAUGUAUCAAUCUAUUAUAUUUAUAAGAUAAAUAUUGCAUUUGGUAUUAAAAACAGGAAAAAUGACA